AUGGACUCCCUGGUGGACGAGCCCGACCUGAGCGACCUCAGGAGCGCGCCCUGGGGCCCCUUGGGCCGCGGCGUGGUGAUCGCGGCCGUCGCCACGUUCGGCCGCUUCGUGAUGACCGUGAUGAACACGACGCGCGUGGUCAACGAGUCGAGCGCCCACGACGCCAUCAUGGCCAGGCCGCGGGACGUGGGACUGGUGACCGUGUCGAACCACACCAGCACCUUUGAUGACCCUGGCGUGAUAUCCAUUCUGGCACCUGGAAAGUACUUCCUGCAGGAAUACUUCCAUGGCGGCACGCGGUGGUCAGUGUGCGCAGAAGACAUCUGUUUCAGAAACGAAUUCCUACGCCAGUUCUUCUUGACUGGAAAGACUCUCCCAAUCACGCGCGGGGGAGGUGUUUCACAACCUGUCCUGCAGGGGGUCUCACAGUUUGUGCAACAGGGAGAAUGGCUGCAUAUAUUUCCUGAGGGGUAUGUGGGGACCACGGGAAACUUGCGGCCACUGAAGUGGGGCAUUGGAAAAAUCAUCUGCGAUGCAGUGAAGGAGACUGGGGGCGAACCUAUGGUCCUGCCUAUCUACCACAGUGGCAUGGAACAGGUGAUGCCCAGGAAAGCCAGAUUCCCACGAUGGGGGAACGAAGUCAGAGUGGUGGUGGGGCGGCCACUGGACCUAUCAGGCCUCACCUGCAACUGUGGCAAGGAGGGCACAGAACAGCAGGCGUGGAAAGAUAUCACAGAACACAUUCGGAGGGCCCUCAUGGAACUCCAAGACGGGGAGGCACAAAACGGCGCAAGAACAUUUGUGAAUGGUGGAGCGAGUAAUGGGGAGUAG